AUGAAACUCACCCCCACCUUCCUCCUCGCCCUCCUCGCGACCCUGCACCUCGCCGCCGCCGCGCCCGUCGACGACCUCAAGACCUUCCCGUUGGCCAAGGACACGCACAUCGAUCCGCGGGGCUACCACUGCUGGAACGCGGGGGGACAUUGCCGGAUCUGCUGUGAUAAUAGGGGGGACUUGGCGGUCUCAAAGCGCUCUCCACCCACGCUGAACCAGGUGUUUAGAGAGUUCUUCCGUACAUGGCGACAGCGCCGCAUAUUUCGCCCCGGAGACCUGUGCUACGCCUCGACGAACCCGGCGUUCUACAGCAGAGGGCCUCAGCCGUUGUUCACCGCGCUGUCGUCUUCGCCCAACCACAUAACGUUCGUGCCUCAAGCCAUGAUACCCACUGAUAGCCCAUUCGCGGUGCCCCUAAGUGUAAGCAUCCAACGGCCGUUACUACCCUUCACACCCAUUCCGGGGCUGUACCAAGCCAACAGGUACAUGCAACCGUUCCCCAUGAGACAGAACACGCUACUAGCGCGGGCGCUGAACGCAGAUGCAACUAAAACAUAUCUAAGCGCACGGGUUGAUCCAAGGCUGGGCAACAAGAAUACCGGGAAUCAAGACCCCCGUGCUCGGAAUCGGUUCGAUGAAGACAACACGCCAUACAUCUCGUCAACAACCGAUCUGAAUCUGGCCUUGGAGUGGAGUGUGGCGGCCGCACUCGAUGCAUUUCUGCUGGAGAGUACUAAUGUGGACGGGCUGAACCCAAGCUACAACCCAAUCCCCCGUUACACCAUUCUGUUCACCAGAGAUGGGCUGGACAUCACCGACCUGACCGACAUCAACACCGUGCCCUCCAUCCACCAGACUGCAAGUGGUCCGUGUGAGAAGGCCAUCUCGUUCUCUACAUCGCUGUCGGAGGUGCUUGUGCGCAACAGGAUCCCGGCAGGCAACGUGGUGUGGUCUAUAGAGGUGACUGCUACGAGUGAGUUCACGUUUCGCAUUCGUAUCAUCCGAGGCAAUGCGCCUGUCCCACCCGGCUUUGUGCUUCGACGCGGUCUGGAUGCAGCCGGCCUCGCGAAUGCAACCUGGCGCUUUGCCAGCAACGUUCUAGCCGCCGCGAACUUCCACCAUGGCGUUGCGACAAGCACUGACCCGAUGUGCCGCUACCACCGGCAAAGCUCUAGACUACAUGGCGCACGCAGCGGCAACCAGAAACGUGCGUACCCGACGAUCGAUGCCGCAGACCCCCGCAUGCGUGCUCUGUAUGACGAGUGGGCUACUCACGCCGACACAUUGGACCUGCGUCCCUCCAGGCGGAUCACUGCGGUGAUAGAUCCCCUCUCAUGCUUUAGCACAACUAGCGAGAGCACUGAGGCGUUUACAACGAGGCAGUGCGUCCUUGUGUCUGCGGCGCUUCUGUUGGCGCGCAGCAGCAAGCGCCAUCAUGGCUCUGCUGUGAUGUACGUGGGUAGCAUGCUGAGCACAACGUACGUAGACAACAGCAGCUCGCUGUCAGAGAUGCUGGUCAACAUCCGCAUUGGCACAUCAGGCGAAGCACAUCGCCCUGAGUAUGGCACGUACUACCAGAACGUCAUGCACAACUGCCCCCAGUCGACGCUGGCCUUUCUUACGCAUCUCGAUGACGACCCCGCCCUGCCCAACUUCGAUAUGACGCAGGCUGAGACCCACGGGUGUACGGUAGCCUACUGGGACAUCAUGGCAUCGAAGCGUGCGAUCUUGGCUGCGGCGAUGAUAUGCACCCCGACCGCGAUGCUGGGAUCUCCGCCGGGGUCGCCGCGAUAG